AUGGCCGGGCGGGAGGCCCAGUGCUGCUGGCUGCUGCUCACACUCGCCCUGGAAGGUAUCCUUGCAGGCGAUUGGUCAGUUCGUCUCCCCUCUAGUCCGAUCUGCGCUGUGAUUGGCUCCUCUGUGGUUCUCCCUUGUUCCUAUGACUACCCCCAAAGUUCUAGUGAACCCAAGGAGGAGGGGCAGCUCUCCACUCAGGGAGGAGGAGGAGGAGGAGGAGGACAGUACAGCGUGCUGUCUGAGAUGUGGUGUCUGGAGGACAGCCGCUGCAUCACGUCGAGCUACGUCUUCCACAGCGCCGGCAUCUUCCCACACCCGUCCUACCAGAACCGGGUGGAGUACCUGGGGCAGCCGGGGACCAACAACUGCUCCCUGAGGAUCUCUGACGUGAGGCCGUCGGACAGCGGGGCCUACGUCUUCUACCUCAUCACCAGCCACCCGGCGCAGAAGAUGCCGGAGCAGAGCGGCGUCCAGCUGCUGGUGGCAGACUCCUCCGGUGGCGUCACGGCGUCCGCCAGUCCCCCCAGUGAACUCACUGUGGGCCGAGCCUUACGCCUGGCCUGCUGCGGCCCCACCGACGCUCCGCGGGCCCGGUUCACGUGGUUCAAGAGCGCCGGCGCCGGCCCGGGGCACGCCGGGCAGGUGUGGAACAUCGCCGAGGUUACGCCCGAGGACUCCGGCAGCUACUACUGCCAGAUGCACGCCGGAGACGACGUGCACAACUCCACUCGGCUGCAGGUGGACGUGGAGUAUGCUCCUCGAAACACGGCCGUGUCUCAGACGCCCGGCGGCCUCCCCGUGACUCUCACCUGCAGCAGCGACGCCAACCCGCCCGUCCGCACCUACACCUGGUACCAGGGUGCGGCGUGUCUCCCCACGGCCGACAGAGGCCUCCAUCCCGGGAGGCGCCGCCCCGCUGCUCCCGCGGGACGGCGCCCGACGCUCAGCGCCGCCAACUUCACCGCCGAGCGGUACGGUCGGCACUGCUGCGCGGCGCGCAACAAGCACGGCUCUCAGUACCGGAGCGUCACCCUCGAAGGGGCCAGAGCCGCGACCCCGUCCAAGUCUUCAGGGAGCAGACUGUGGCUCAUCGGCGUGACCGUCGCUGCUCUGCUGGUCAUUCUGGCCUUAGCGGCCUUCUUCAUGAGGAGGAGACAGAAGGCAUCCAGACGCCAGUCCUAUGUCCUCACGGAGACCACUGCUUCCUAAGAAGAGACCUCCCUUAUGUCUUUAAAGUCAUGAGAACGUGUUUAUUUUAAACCCUCAGGCGCUCCUGUGUGUUUAUGUUGUAAACCCUGAUGACACCUUCACACGUCGCUGGGAUUUACAAUCGUAUUCUGCCGGGGUAAAUUCAGUGGUGUUUAUUAAACUCUCCUUUGACUACUGAAA